CUUGCGUCAUCAGGGAUGGACGGAAGUGUUUCGGUGAAUCAGUAUAUCCGCCGGGAUUUAAAGUAGUAGUUUAUUAUCUCUUUAUUUAUUUUUUUGUAUUGUUUUUGGCACGUUUAACAUUUUACAUAUUUAGUGACGUUAACAAAAUUAAAUUCGGACACAUGGUUCCGAUAAAAACGACCUUCGAGUAUGGAGCUUUUUAACGGCUAAACCAGUGACCAACUCUCGUUUGUUUUCUUUAGUUGCAACAGCGAGCUACAAAACAAUACCCACAAGAACCCCAAUGUUUGUCAAAAUGUUCUUGGAGGUUCGCGCACGAUUCUGUUCUGACAAAAAGUCCACAUAAUGUGAGUAGUUUAUUAGCGGUUUGUUGUAUUUUCAAGUCACAUUCUGGGAUCCGUGCUCUGUUGUAUGAAUCAUCCAAGCAGAUGUUUUCUUCAAUAACACUGGCGAAAAGAGAAGAGUUAUGGCAGACUUUGGACCAGCGGAGUUCUUUGCAGACUUCUGUCAUACAGACACAGAGAACCCCAUCCCUCUCUGGCAGGAUGGACACAUCAGCGCCUGCUUCAACCAGCUGGUGCUCGGAGCCCUGCCUCAUGCAGGGAUGGCCGUUUUCUGUGCCUGCUAUCUCAGUAUGACAAGAUGCAACCUCCUCCAAACGUCUGCUCCCUGUGGUUGGACCCUCAGGCUGGUGUCCGCCCUGCUGACUGUGCUGCUCUUCACUGCAGACGUGGUUCUUGUGGCCGUCCUCCAGCAGGACGACAUGUACCUGGACCUUUUCACUGACAGUUGUGCCAUUCUGGGAUGGCUGGUCCACCUGACUGCCAUAGCAGUGCUGCAGAAAAGUGUUUUGAGGAGAACCCGUGGACCGGCUCUGCUGCUUCUGCUAGUCCUCCUGUUGGUUCCUAAUCUUGUCAUCACAUUAGUGGUUUACUCUGAGACCGGUGGAGUUUUUAACCUCACAGAACCCCUGAAACUCUCAAGAUUUGUCCUUGCCUCCGCACGGACACUCCCUCUUCUUCUUUACGUGUUUGCCUUUGCGUUCCCCUGCGUCAGUGACCCCAGCUACACUUUAUAUGUUAAUGCAUCAGAUGGAUCGCCACUCAUUCCAAUUGACAAUCAGCCGGACACUGGUGACAUGGUUGCAGAAGAUGGCAGUGGCUGGACGUCUCGACUCUUUUACCUGUGGUUAUCGCCUCUGCUCAGACGAGGGCAGCAGGGGCAGCUGGACAAACCAGAAGAUGUUUAUCAUCUGCCGCGGAAACUACGGACAACUGUGAUUUUAAGACGCUUUCAUCAGUGCUGGGAAACCUGCAGACGUGGUACGGCCGUCAGGGGGGAAGAGUGGCCCAGGCCGGUCGGCGGGAACCUUCAGAACGACACCAGGACUUCACACCUCUUGGAGGAAUCACUGGCGCUGGAAGGUGAUGUGGGACUUUUGAAGGUUCUGCACAAAGCGUUCGGUCUGAGGUAUUACGUGCUUGGUGUUCUGAAGGUGUUGGUCAACCUGCUGACCUUCGGAGGACCUCUGCUGCUGAGUAGUCUGGUGAAUUUUAUGGAGGAUGAAGAAGCCCCAGUUAGCACAGGACUCUGGUGUGCACUGGGGCUUUUUGCCAGUACGUUGCUUUCUUCUAUUCUACAGAACGUCUUUGUCUUCGAAGUGUCCAAAGUGUCACUGUCGGCGAGAUCCGCACUCAUUUCCACCAUCUAUGACAAAGCCCUGCGGAUCAGCGGCAGCAGUCUGGCCACGUUCACUCUGGGGGAAGUGGUCAACCUGAUGAGCACAGACACCGACCGCAUCGUGAACUUCUUCGGCAGCUUCCAUGAGCUGUGGAGACUUCCAUUCACUUUCUCCAUCACCCUCUACCUGCUGUAUUUGCAAGUAGGCGUGGCUUUCCUCGGAGGUUUGGCGUUGGCGCUGCUGCUGGUGCCUUUUAACAAAUUCCUGGCUUCCCGUAUCAUCACUAACAACGAGCACAUGCUGCGGCACAAAGACAGCCGUGUGAAGCUCAUGACAGAGAUUCUCUUCGGUAUCCGUGUCAUCAAGUUUUACAACUGGGAGCCGUACUUUGCACAGAAGGUGGGAGAAUGUCGCCAGCAAGAACUGGCGCACCUUAAAGCCAUAAAAUACCUCGAUGCCAUGUGUGUGUACACCUGGGCCGCCCUGCCUGUGGUUAUCUCCAUCCUCACCUUCGUCACCUACGUGUUGCUGGGACAUCAGCUGACGGCUGCCAAGGUGUUCACCACUCUGGCUCUGGUGGGAAUGUUGAUCGUUCCUCUCAACUGUUUUCCCUGGGUCCUCAACUCCGUCCUUGAGGCCAAAGUGUCUUUGGAAAGGAUUCAACGCUUCUUCAAACUGACCAACCAGGACCUGCAGGCGUACUACGCCCUCGUGUCACCUGAGGAUGACCAGACUUCCAUACUGCUGAGCCAGGGGAAGUUCAGCUGGCAGAGCACUGACAGACCUGAUGACACCACGGAAGGAGGCAGAGCUGAAACUAAAGGGAGUCUGCUGCUGCACAGCCUCAGUCUGCACGUGACCAAGGGUUCUCUCAUAGUGGUGGUUGGCAAAGUUGGAUGUGGAAAGAGUUCCUUACUGGCUGCUCUCACAGGGGAGCUCAACAGACUGAGUGGAGUGGUUUAUGUUGCAGACAGAGAGACCGGCUUCGGACUAGCUUCUCAGGAGCCGUGGAUCCAGCAUGCAUCAGUGCAAGAAAACAUCUUGUUUGGCAAAGACUACGAUCCAAACUUUUACCAAGCAGUGAUCGAGGCGUGCGCUCUGAAGGAGGAUCUGAACAUUUUGCCCAAUGGGGACAAGACGGAAGUUGGAGAAAACGGUGUGACGUUGAGUGGAGGACAGAAAGCGCGCCUGGCUCUGGCCAGAGCUGUGUACAUGGACAAAGACAUCUGGACGCCAGCAGAAAUCCUUCCUUUUGUUGAAGUUGAUCCGAAAAAACGCCGCAGCGAUCACAACACAAAAGAGAAAGAUGAUACUGAGAAGGAGGAGGAGGAAGAAGAAGAGGAGUCGUCAGCAGAUCUGAGGGUGAAUGAUGAUGCUGAGCAGUUAGGAGCAGAGCAGAAGCAGGCGGGUGGGCUGGCGUGGACGGUCUAUAAGACCUACUGGGCUGCUGUGGGCGGAGUCCUGGCGUUCUCCAUCUUCAUGUCGCUGCUACUCAUGCAAGCCUCCAAGAAUGUCUCUGAUUGGUGGCUGUCUCACUGGAUCUCUGAGCUGAAAACCAAUAGUUCCACAGAACCCAACGGUUCCUUUACCUCCACCUCCACUCACCUGCUGCUCUUCACCAGUGGAGGAUUAAUGUCUCAGCUGCCCUCUGCACAUACCCUCCUGUCCAACAACCAGAGUUCUGACGUGAAGUUCUACCUGGUGGUGUACGGCUCCAUCGGGCUGGCCAACACUGUCUUCACUGGGUUUAGAGCAGUGCUCUUUGCCUACGGAGCCAUCUGUGCUGCCACAACCAUCCACAACAGACUCCUGGAUCGGGUUCUAAAGGCCACAGUGACCUUCUUUGACAUCACUCCUCUGGGACGAAUCCUCAACCGUUUCUCCUCGGACCUGUACAGCAUCGACGACACGCUGCCCUUCAUCCUCAACAUUCUCCUGGCCAACAUCUUCGGCCUGCUGGGGAUGCUGGUGGUGAUGGGCUACGGCCUCCCCUGGGUCCUGCUGCUCCUGCUGCCCCUGAGUUUCCUGUACUGUCGCACGCAGCACUUCUACAGACACACGUCACGAGAGCUGAAACGUCUGUGCAGCCUCACGCUGUCGCCCGUCUACUCCCACUUCUCUGAGACCCUGACUGGUUUAGGGACCAUCCGGGCCAGUGGCAGCUCUGCCAGGUUUGUGGAGGAAAACAUUAGACGUCUGGAGCAGAACCAACGCUGUCUUUUCCUGAGCAACGCUGCCAUGCAGUGGCUGGACAUCCGCCUGCAGAUGAUCGGAGUCGCUGUGGUGACCAGCCUGGCGCUGAUCGCUGUCCUCCAGCAUCAGUUUCACUCCGUUGACCCAGGUCUCGUGGGUCUGUCCCUGUCCUACGCUCUGUCCAUCACCGGCCUCCUGUCGGGACUUAUCUUCAGCUUCACUCAGACUGAGAUGCAGCUGGUGAGCAUAGAACGAACUGAGGAGUACUCCAGCAGUCUCACCACUGAGCCACAGCAGCAGAACGCACAGCUGCCUCCAGCGUGGCCCGAGCAGGGCUGGGUGGAGUUCCGCGGUGCCAUCCUGGUCUACAGGGAGGGUCUUCCUAACGCCCUUGACGGGGUCAACCUGGUGGUGCGACCCGGGGAGAAGGUAGGCAUCGUAGGACGUACAGGCUCUGGUAAGUCCACGCUGUUCUUGGCCCUGUUUCGUAUGGUGGAGCUGAACCAGGGACAGAUUCUUCUCGACGGGCUGGACAUCAGCAGCGCGGGCCUGGGUCAGCUCAGGUCAAGGCUUGCCAUUAUUCCUCAGGAUCCUUUUCUGUUCAGUGGGACCAUCAGGGAGAACCUGGACCCGUGUGGACGGAACACGGACCAGCAGCUGCUGGACGUCGUAGACCAGUGUCAUCUCAGCUCAGCGUGGGGAGGUGGUCUUGAUGCUGUUGUCGGAGAGAGAGGAAAGUCCCUGUCAGUAGGACAGAGACAGCUGCUGUGUUUGGCCAGAGCCCUGCUGACCAAGGCCAUGGUCCUGUGUAUUGAUGAAGCCACAGCCAGCGUCGACCAGAGGACGGACAAGCUGCUGCAGCAGACCAUCAGGGAGACGUUUCGGGACAAGACCGUUCUGACUAUCGCUCACAGGAUCAACACUAUCAUGGACUCUGACAGGGUUCUGGUGAUGCAUGCUGGGAAGGUGGCGGAGUUUGACACGCCUUCAGCGCUCUGCCAAAACGACCAGUCCAUCUUCCACAGACUGGUUGGUGGAGGAGGAGGAGAGUGAGCAAAAACACAGAGAGGCCUGAUGAAGGUAGAAUUAGAAACAUGAUGUUUUUUGUACUUGACCACAGAGAUGUCCUGCUGGUUUAGUCUGAACGAUACGUUUUUGUUUUUUAAA